AUGGAAACAAAGGUUGGAUCAAAGAAGAAGAUACUCUGCUUGCAUGGAUACAGAACAAGUGGAAGCUUCCUUAAAAAGCAAAUCAGCAAAUGGGAUCCUUCCAUUUUUGCUGAUUUUGUGAUGGAAUACCCAGAUGGAAUCUACCCAGCUGGGGGAAAAUCCGAAAUCGAGGGCAUUUUUCCACCUCCUUAUUUCGAGUGGUUUCAGUUCAACAAGGAUUUUACCGAGUACACGAACUUGGAAGCAUGCAUAGAUUAUCUGUGUGAUUAUAUAGUGAGCAAAGGUCCAUUUGAUGGCCUGCUUGGCUUCUCUCAGGGAGCUACAUUAUCGGCCCUUCUAGUUGGAUAUCAAGCUCAGAGCAGCACAAAUGAAGCUUACUUGGAUGAUGAAAAUCUUGAGUUGUAA